AUGGAAGAGCGACGGCGUAGAUACUUCGGUUAUGAGGAUGAGUCGAGCGCUCCACUCACAGCUGACAAUCUCGCCCAAUACAGAGAGGGUGCCCAGCAGGUACCUCAACCCACCAACCGCCUCGACAUACCAGAAGAGACAUGUCCCGCACACCCUCCUGCAAGCACCGAACAGAUCUUAGUUCCAAUAAAGGUCGUCGCUGCGCCUACGCCCAGAGACGGACAGUUUCGUGCCAAUGAUUUGCGGCUUGCCAACAUCCUGAUGGAACAACCACGAGAUCCCAUCAUCGAUGAUUAUAUAGCACGCUAUGUGUUUACCACUCUGGAAAAUCAGGAUGAUGGAUAUACUCGUUUAAUCGCAGCAAGACUUUUCAUAAGAUCCAAUAGUGUCAACUUGAGAUCUCCGCUCCUACAAGUCGAAUGGGAUCAGGGAUUUCGCGGGAUGAAGAAUGAAGGAUGGCGUAGUGACUUGGAACCUGUCCACGCUGCUCCUCCCAGUCCUCUGAUUCAGAACCAGCAGACUAUCCAACAGACUUCCAACCAAACUGGCAACUCAACUUCACCUGAUCGUGCAGGAGGGCCAUCCACCACAGGCUUCGAGUUGGAACGUUCUUGCCCAUGUAUAUGUGUCGGUUUAACGGAAAGCGAAUUGACCCAAGGUCUCGAGCACAGGAGAAGCAGCGGUGAUUCUUAUAGCAUGCUGUCCGAAUUGCAGGAAUCCUCCACCCUGAUCACCGACCCGCACGCUACACCCGUGCACGUCAACUUUCCAUUCUUGAUAAUCGAGACAACAUCCCAUAUUGAUGGGAGUCUAUACCAAGCCCAGAAUAAAGCCGCACUGUGUGGCUCCAGAGCAAUUCGUAUCCUGGAAGCCCUUUCAGAGUACCAUGAAGACCACUCCAGUUUUCGUAUAUUCCCGGCUCCUGAUGAGUUACCUUUCAACUUGGCCUUCUCCAUCACCGUCAAGGGCCCAAUCUGGGAAGUGUGGCUUCAUCAUCGACGGGCCGGGGAUACAGCCUUAGAACCGUAUGCCAUGGUUUUUCUAGCGGCGGGAAAUACAGAUCGUGCGAGAGAAUGCUUGUCCCUCGUACGCAUCAUCUCAGAUAUUAUGAGAUGGGGUAGUGGCGUCUUCGCCGCGAAGAUCAAAAACCUUCUUCGCGAAAUAGACCUUGCUUGA